CGUGGAUAGCACAGAAAUCGGUGUACAUAGGCAGCCUCAUAUAUGUACACAAAUGGUAUCGCACCCAUGCGCCUUUGUAGUUUCAGCGUCAGAAUAUUAGAUAGAGGAAGCCGAGCACUUUGGUAUAUACCGCAGAUACGGUGGGCAGGCAGAGUUUAGUUUAGCUUAAAGUACAAGAUGGAAAUGGACCCAAAAGGUGUAGUGUAUGAAUCGGAAGCCGACACCGGCGAUGUGGGCCAAGACGAUGGCGUAUACCACGCAGAGGGAAACACGGAUGAUGCCAUGGCAAUGGACGAUCAGUCUCAUUUAGAGGGUGUAGAGGGGGAGAAUGAGAGCGGCAUGUACGAACCAGACACAGAUGAACACGGGAACCCCAUCUACUACGAGAAUGAGGACGUCGUGUAUGAGAAUAGUGAGGCUAUAUACGACAAUGGAGAUGGAUUGUAUGUCGGCGAUGAGGGACCAGCACAAUCAACAGACGACGAUGAAGGUAUGCUGGGAGAGGAGCAUUUCGGCGACGAUUCGACGCAGGAGGAGAGGGAGUUACAGCGCGUUAAACAGCAAGAUGAGUAUUCUAAUCUUUUGAAAACCACCGAUGCACUCAUGGAACCGAAGGUGUCCGAAUGGCUUAUUGGGUACUUGCGAAGCGGGGGCGCACCACCAGAUGCUAUAGGCCUGCUCAGCAACAACUACAGAGGUCUGGCCCAGAUGGCUAAUCUGAUGAGCGAAUGGUUGAUGAUCACCGGGGUACCACAGGAAGAGAUUGAGUCGACAUUUGACGAGUAUGUGCGUGGGCUUAUUCUGCAGUACUUCAACUCGAAAGAGGCUGAUUCCAUCCUGACCCAGAUGAAGGAUGACGAGUUCCCACCCUGGCUGGAGGAACUGAUCUCGUACCCACAGUGGCGACAGUUGAUUGCUGACUUGACUGAACGACACCACGAGUCGUACUUUCUCAAGUACAUGGUGCAGAAGAUCUCGGAUGCCGGCUACCAGUCGGAAAUGCUGAAUGUGGCCACGGCGUCGAGAAAUCUCGAGGUGUUCAGCCGUGUUCUGGUGAACCAGUUGGGUCAUAUCUUAUCAAUGGGGACCAGUGCAGAUGCGAAACCUGAAACGCAUGAACAGAAUGGAGAUGCUGAUGUGACUGCCAUGAAUGGCUGGGCCGCAACUCCCGAGACGGCGGCAAUGAAGGAAGCCAUAGCAGACUUCGUCAAGACAGCGUGCUACACCGGCAGUACGUACUUGUUUACACAGGCGUUACUACAUAAGCUGAUGGUCACAGAGGAUAGAAACUCCAGAGAACGAAACACGCUCCGUAGGCUGAGUCAAGAAGUGGAAAAAUACGCAAAAGACAACGAGCACAAUGUGCUGCAUCUAUCACUACUACUGACGGGGUGCGCUACACUCUACCCUGAGGUAGCCGUGUCCGUUAAUGGGCUGUUAAUGAAAGGAGAGGUGAAUCCUGCCGAUAUGCUCCGUCUGCACAAGGCCUACACCACAACGCAGCACUCUCAGACCAAAGCUCCGCCUCUGCAGCUGGUACAACUACCCAAGCUGAUCGAGAUUAUCAUCGACACCCUAUUUGACGCCAAGAAAAAGCUGCUUCCGGCCCACCGCAGCGCAUACAUCUCGUUUCUUGCGUUGCUGGUGAGCGGGCACACCGACGAGAAUGGAGGGUACAACCAUACCAGCCCACGCGUGAAGGCGACUGCCGACGCCAUAGAGAAGACUGUGGGGGUGUGCCAGAAAACGUACAUAGUGUGGAGUGACCCGGAACCCGUGAAAGUCAUCCUGGACAAUCUGCAGAAGUUUCCCGUGUUGGCGCCUGGUGUGCUGAAAUGGAUUAGAGACAACCUGGCGGAUUCCGACUAUUUUGUCUCCAACUUCUCCACGGGCCAGGUGCCCAUCCACCUGGCAAUACUGGAUCGCGUGGCCAAGUUUCACCCACACACAUGUCCGCAGGUGUUUGAACUUGUGCGCACCACAUUCGAACGAUCCGACCUGGGCCUACAGGCCAUCGUGAACAUGGAGAUGAAGAAGAUCCUCAUCGAUCGUAUGAUACAUAUAAUGACCUGCGGGUAUGUGCUCGAGGUAAUACAGUAUCUCGUGAAGAACCCGCCUCUGGACCACACGCUGCAACGGUACGCGGUUGCCGAGAUCAUGUCUACCAUCGGGCCACCGUACUCGCUGGAACUGGUAGACCAGGUGCUGGAUCUCGUAGAAACUGUGAUCCCUGUAUUGCAUUCCACCAGCGCCGCACGCACGGUAGUGGUGGAGUUCACAAGAACAGUGACUCAGAAACAGGAGGACGGUACACAAGUCACCACGGCGCCUCUGACCGACAAAAUCGCGCAGAGAGUGGCAGAUUUGGAGAAGCUUGUGGGUUGAGCAUGUAUAGCCCACCCAAAGGCAAUGACACUAGCCUGCCUGGUAUAUUUUCUACUCUUAGAUUGCUUCGAGCGCCC